AUGGAAGCGCAUGCAAGUGAUUUCGUUCUGCGAUCGGUCUGGACGGGGAGUGGCUUCAAGCUCAUCAACCACACACCGCUACAAGCGAAAGGGUGUGCAUGCAGGCAGCCACAACCACCAGGGUACCACACCAUGCCACCAUGCAUGGCCACCGGAUCGGAGAGGAUAGAUGGAGGCGAUUUCGUGGUGCUGAUGCUGGCGUCUACUCCGUAUCUAGCUGUGCUUCGCGGGGUACCAGGACACGCUGUACGCCCAUUCCCUCCGCCAGUUCUACCGCGACUGCGACGUCUACGGCACCGUCGACUUCGUCUUCGGCGACGCCCCGCCGUGCUGCAGGGCUGCAGCCUCUACGCGCGCCGCCCGGGACCCGGGCAGAAGAACGUCGUCACGGCGCAGGGGCGGGAGGACCCCAACCAGAAUACGGGCAUCGUCGUGCACGGCGGCAAGGUCGCCGCCGCCGCCGACCUGGUCCCCGUGCUCGGGAACGUCUCGUCCUACCUCGGCAGGCCGUGGAAGCAGUACUCGCGCACCGUGUUCGUGCAGACCAAGAUGGAGGCGCUCGUCCACCCGCGCGGCUGGCUCGAGUGGAACGGCACCUUCGCGCUCGACACGCUCUACUACGCCGAGUACAUGAACCGCGGGCCCGGCGCCGACACCUCCGCAAGGGUGUCCUGGCCGGGCUACCACGUGCUCACCAACGCCACCGACGCCGCCAACUUCACCGUGCUCGACUUCAUUCAGGGAGACCUCUGGCUCAACUCCACCUCCUUCCCCUACACAUUGGGCUUCACCUAG